AUGUAUCACUCAAGGAUAGAUAAAAUCAAGCCUCCUCUUGACCCAAGUUUCUAUAAACUUGCCGACGACGAAGCUGCCUUUUUCAAAGCGAUGACGGGUAUCCAAGACGCAGAAGACCUAAAGCGGCAUAUUCUGAGCGUGCAAGCGAAGGCCUACGAUAUCUUUGGUUAUCCGUGUAUUCGAAGAUGCGCCUUUCUGAAUCUCAAGAUAUCCCGAUUACCGGCAUACAAGCAAGUACUCAAGUUGGGUCAGGAGAGACGGGGGGCUAUCCUCCUAGAUAUGGGUUGCUGCUUUGGAAAUGAUGUGCGAAAGGCCGUCGCCGAUGGCUGGCCAAUGCAGAAUGCCCUCGCAUCCGACCUCCGUCAGGGAUUUUGGGAUGCCGGGCAUGAGCUUUUCAAGACUACUCCCGAAGCGUUCCCUCUGAAGUUCGUUCCCGGAGAUUUGUUCGAUCCAGCACACCUUGCCCCACGCGAGCCCUUCUACGAGCCUCCUUCCACGGCGGUGCCGGACAUUCAGUCAUUGACAUCCCUGACGCCCUUGCAGGGACACAUUUCUGUCAUCCAUGUUUCGGCAUUUUUCCAUUUAUUCGGCGAGGACCAACAACAACAGGCAUGCAAAGCCAUCGCUUCCUUGCUCUCUCCAGAGCCUGGCUCUACUAUAUUCGGUUCUCAUAUCGCGCUACCUAACAAGGGAUUCAGACAACGUCCUGAUACGAGUAGCGAAACUCAGAUGUUUUGUCAUGAUUCUAACAGCUGGAAAGAACUCUGGGGUCAAAUAUUCGAGAAGGGCAGUGUUGAUGUGGAAGCGCAGGUCGUAGAAGUUAACAGAGAUGAUAAUAACAAGGACGCUGAUAGCCGAGUCCACAUGUUGAUAUGGUCAUCUCUUCUUGUUUGUGACCUCGAUUCAUUGAUCCUUUGCUCUGCAGCGAGUUCAUAUUUCUACCUACCAGUCGAUGAGGACGAAGACCUCGAGUCGACAGACGAUAAAUCACUCAUCCAAGCAUCUUCCUCCAAAUCCAACCGACGCGCUCCCCCACAUCCCAAAACAGAGACCAAGGCCCCCCAUCAAGACCCAAUAAUCGCGGACAUACUUAGCAGUGAUGAUCUUUACAGAGUCUUGGGUGUAGAGCGAACGGCGAAGCUAGACACGGUGUCGCUUCGGCGUGCAUAUUUGCGCCGAAGUAGAGCAUGUCAUCCAGAGUGCGUAUUUCUUCCUGUUCUUUGCAACAGAUCCUCCAACACUCGGUCUAGUAAAUCCUCAGACGAUCCCGAGGCCACAUCCGCAUUCCAGAAAGUGUCGGUUGCGUACGAGAUUCUCAGCAACCCUACUUCACGGCGGGUUUAUGAUAGACGGCCCGCGUCGACGCCAUAUAAUGUGUUUGCUGCCAGUGCGACGAACCACGCAGAGGAGACAUUUAGGGGUGUCAUCCUGGGUAUUUUCAACGAGUUUCUAGAUGGGGACCUUGAGGUCAUUCGCACCUUGCUGAAGACUAUCAACGACAUAAAUCCCUCCCUCAGACUCGGGGACGAGGGCAUUAAUUCGGUAAUAUCGACUUUACAGGGCAUCCGUGAACGCGCAUUAAGUGAAAUUGCUUGCCGGGCUUGUAUAUACGCGCUUCACGCGGAAAUAUCUCGACUCAUUGAGGUACAACAUGCCUUCCGGCAACUGUCGUAUUUCGACCUGAUGGGCCGCUCGCGGCUCACGAUACAGCUGACGCGUAUAACGCUCAGUCUGCCCAUUGCACUGGAGCGAGCCAUGGGAGAUCAAACGCAGCGCAACGUCGAAGGCGGCGAGGAGCGGUCAGAGAUGCUGCCUCGACAACUUGGGUUAAUAUUACGGGGCAUGGAUGGCGCACUAGAGCGCAUGGAACGUGUACUAACUUAG